UAGUGCAACAGGAUACUUAAAUACAAUAUUCAAUAUUAAUUUUAUAAACGUUCCCUUCAUUUUCUGCUCAGAAUCAAGGUAAAGAGUAUUUCAGACACAUUAUAGACUUAAAUAAAAAAAAAAGCAUUAAACGACAUGUACAACCGAGAUUCAAUUUCAAGAAGACGUAACGAUUUUUCUCUUUGCAGAUUCCAGCAUAUUCUCUGAAGGGUCCAGAAAGGAACCAUGCAAUGAAUACUGGGGGCCUCCUCAAGCUGAUAAAGCGACAGACACUUCAACCCAAUGCCAGAAGGAAAGCAACAAAUCACAAAUAUAAGAACAGUCCCUGACAUGAAGACAUUCGUUCAGCAACGAUGGAUGAUGAAGAGGAAUUCUCAACUUAUAUCUGGACUGUACUGCAUCUUUUCUCUCUGCUGCCUUCUGCCAAUUUCAGCAAAUCCAGUCUCAGAUUCAUCUUCGCCUGUCACACGGCAUUCUAAAGUGAUUAGCCCAAAACUUAUGAAUCAACAUAUAAUCAGUACAUCUGCUGGUACAUUUGAAGAAAUUGGCGAACAAAGAGUCAACUGCAACUGUUUAGAGAAAGUUCCUAAGGCACUUACAGCACAGAUAGAACACACCGUGACAGAAAGUGAUCAAAAUGAAGCAGAGAGUCUGACAAACGUCAUAUUGUCAAAAAUACCCAUCCGCAUCAGAAAUCUUGUCAAACAAAGUAACCAAGGGUCCGGCUCUUCAAAGGAGUCGACUAAUAAGUUUAACUACAGCAGCAAGAGAGACUUUGCACAUUCAGUAAGUGAAAUAAGUGCAGAUCACACAAUCUUCUGUAACAAACAAGGGCUUCAGCAAAUGGAAUAUUUCAAAUUAAAUAAUCAAAUACCAUGGGCCAAUCAAGAUUAUGAAGAAACUUAUGCCCCAGGUUUCCAGUACACAAAUCUGAGACUUCCAUACAAUCAGAGGACGGAAAGCAGUAUCACAAACAAGUAUUACACAGGCUCAUCUCAAGAAGACGGGAACAGAAUUUCAGACGCAUACUUAAAGACGCGUUACAACGUUCGAAACCGAUUCAGGUUGCACCUCCCCAGAGUUGUUGUUCUCUCCCUCGUCAAACCUACCACCACAAAUCUGAUUUGGCAGGCACUUUCAGUGAACAGUAACACACAACAGGACUCACUAGCAAUGUCAGAAGUGAACACUGGAAAUGAGUUGGAGCCAAUACAAGAAGUGAAGAAGAAUGUCUUUACAUCUCGUGGCUGGGGAGCUCAAGGAAUGCCUUUCAAUGUUCUGUACAUGUACACACGGCAGCAUAAAAAGCCAGUACCAACAUCUGAAGUGGCAAGGGCUGAACGACUGGUGGCACCUGCACCUCUCCAGGACUUCCCAACUACCAGUCCAGACCGCCAGGUCGUACGGAAUGCUCUCAGCAGUACCGUCACAACAGGGAGCAAUGGAGGGGUAGGAGGGGGUGGAGGAGGAGGAAAAUCACCACUUUCACCUCGUUGGUACUAUUCCAUCAUCCCUCACUUCCAUGCAACAUAUGGCUGGGGGCGAAAUGGAAAGUAGGCAGCUCACAGUGCAUUAAUUCCAGCAUAACAUUUCCUGAAGAGUGUUUUUUAAUAUUAAAAACAAUACAGUGACGUUUAAAACUCCGAAGACCUGGAGGAUGUGGUAAAUGUCAUAUCUUUACUUACUGUCUUACUCACUUGUUUUCUGAAUUUCAUGACACUACAGCAUAUUAGUCUCUAACAGCACCAGUUCAUAUUGCUGCAUACUGUAUCAGCUACAUAUCAUUAUAAAACACAUUUCUUGACCCUGAAUUUGAGGUGUGGCACAAUGAUUGAGAAAAUAAAUGCCAUAUUUACACAAAAAAAUACCCAAAAGCUAUUGAAGAAGAGUUCAAGAAUGAUCACACAACUAACUACAAAAUAAUUAUGUGUGGAAUAUAUUCUAACAUUUCAUCCUUUGAAACAUAAAAGUAUUAGGAAAACCUGAAUGUUAUAACAUAAUAUUUGUAUUCCAAGACACAUUAAAAAGUUCUGUAAUUACUAUCUUAUUUCAGCCUUACUUACAUUCUGACAGACUCUACAGCUGGUAUACGAAUAUACUAAGGUCUGAUGAUGGCCCAUAUCUGACCGAAACAUGUUACAACAAGGAAUGCAUGUAUAAGUUUCAUGACAUUGUAAAGUAUUUACCAAGCACUUUUAGUGAAUUAAAUAUAUUUUUAGUAUAUCUUAUACUCAUAUAAGGUUACUGUUGCAUUAUAUACGGUAUACUUAUGAUCUAAAACAAAUACUAAGGGACUGUAAAGUACAAUUAUUGUGGCACACACUAGUAUGCUUAAUUUCACAACAAAUAUGAUCCUAACAAUUUCAUAUUUAAGGUUCCUAAACAUAAAACUGUAUGUAAUUUUCUCAAAAUAUAAACAAAUGCGGUAUCUUGUAAGAAAAAAAGUAAUAUAAGUGUUAAUGUAUAUUGGCUGAAGUGUGAAUGCACUCUAACAAAACAGGAAAAUGACAGAGACAUAUUUGACCUACAAUUAUUCUAAUUUUAACAUGGUGUUUAGAUUUAUAAAAUAUUUUCCAUGUUCAUUUGAAAUUAAAUAUAAUAUUCACUAAAAAAUAAAAACGUACUUAGGAAAUUAAUAAUGCUAUAAAAUUGGAAGUUCAUUACUAGUGAAAAUAUCAGCUCUACAAACAGUCAGCUGCAGACAUAAUCACAUUCUCAACUCUUUAAUGAAUAGUUGUUACUAUAUUUACUGCCUACUUUAACACAAAGAAAAAAAUACGUUUUGCACAUACAGUGUAUUUAUAUGUUUCAAGUUAUUCUCAGAAUAAAUGGUGACUCAUCUCCAUUAGUCAGUCUAAUACCAUCUGGAAACCUAUCAAACAUUUAAAAAACCCAAGACACAGAUACAUCCUAUAAGAAACUAAAUGGCUCCGCAAACAAUGUGGGCAAGAAGUGAUGAAGAUAAAGCAGCUGUGUUCGCUGAAUAUCUUGCUACAGUUUUUACACCAUAUGAUAAUACUGAUAAAGAAACAGAAAGACAAAUAUCUGAAAAUAUCAGCAUUAUACCAGAAAUAAAAUUUUUUACAGUUAAAGAAGUGCAAAACGAAAUAGCACUUCUAAAUUCAAGAAAACCACCUGGCACUGAUGAAGUGACUUAAAUAACGUUAAAAGAAAUGUCAAGACAAGGGUUAGUACUUCUCACAUAUAUAUUUAAUGCUAUUCUCAAACACAAAUACUGGCCAAAUCAGCUAAAAACAGCAGAAAUAAUCCUGAUCCCCAAACCAGGCAAAAAUCCUAAUAGUGUGUCAUCCUAUCAUCCUGUAAGUUUAUUACCCAUCAUAUCUAAGCUCCUCGAAAGACUUCUCUUAAAAAUAAUAAUG